AUGCAACCUGCUCGAGACAAGGAACGCUACGCCCGUAAAAAGGUCAACCAGUCUCGCCGCUGGCAGGAAACCGUGAUUCCGGCCCUUGAGAUGCCUUACUUGGACUACUUAGCAUGGACCAACAACCUUCGGCUCAAUCCACCGUGUAUAUCACCGUGCUCAUGCCCUGAAGCUGCCAAAAAGCGGUCACUGAAGAUUCUUGGGGUGUAUAUCAAUCGCCUCGAGACGGUCAACUUAUCUUUAUGUGACUGUACACCCGUGGCACAACACCUUCUACUUCGGGGGCUUUUUCCUUGCGCGCCUCACAUGCCGUCAUUGGCAUUCGACCUCAACAUGUUGGAACUAGUCUCGACGCUCUUCUUGAACAUCGCACCCAAUGUCACUGCCUGGGCAUCUACACUGGAGAGUUUUCUCGGGGUUCGGGAGUAUAAACUGCGUACUCGGGACUCUCUUCGGCGCCGCUUUGGUAAUGCACUGCAGUGGUAUAACCACCUGACGGCCAGCGUUGCGCACAGGAUAGAGAAUAAAAUCGAUGAUGCGCGGAGAAGGAUGGAGAUGGAGAAAACAGCCAGCUCCGCGGAGGGAACCUCAUCGCAGCCUCGUGCAUCUGCAACGAACAACCGCCCGCAACCUCUAAACCCUUUUGACGAAUCGCAUCGAGGACUUCCAGGCAGCUCGACUCCGAAAAGUGGUCGCGCAGGUGAACACGCGGAUGGAAAUCUGCCAAGCAAGUAUCUAAGAUCCAGAUGCUUCCUAUGCUUUGGGAAGCCGCACGACGACGCAGAUGCUGAGGGAUUUGACGCUAUAGCAUGCCUCGAUGCCUGUUUCACACAGAAGCGUCAGGCGCCCCGUCCGGAGAAGAAAUCGGACAAGGAUGUGGACUCGACUCCAUCAUGCCGCUCGCAGCCCAAGGCACGCCCCGUUCGCCGGGAUCCUCCACGGUAUCACCCAAACUCGGUAUUUAUAUUGGAUAUGGAGAUCAAGCAAAUGGAAGAGGAGGUGGCACGGCUACGAAGCAAGUCAUCGAGCGGCAGCCGCCCCUCCCACACGGAGUCGGCCACGCAGCCUGACGUCGAGGAGGACAAGUGCGAAGGUCCGCUUCGGGUGCCCAAUUCCGUUCUCGAUGGGUGCGAAUCUUCCUUCAAAGCUGCCGACGAGCAACGUGAGAAGGCAAGUACGAACUUCUUUGAAGACACCGGCCUUAUGGCUUUGAUUUGCCGACACGAUCGCGUACUGUGGAUCGCAAAUAUGAGAAGUGCUGGUGAACGCCAGCACUAUUCCCUCGCUCUCCUCAGGAAGCUUUUCCAGCACCUCCCGACCUCCUAUCGCAUGGGUAUCCUGUACGAUAUCGGAUGUCAGCUUCACCGCAGCUGCUAUAGAUGGAAGUUUCUUUCCGAAUGCAGCAAUCGCAUCGUCUUCGCAAUCUCUGUCUUUCACGCUUAUGGGCAUCAAUGGCCCUGUCAGCUAGUAUAUCACCCCCGCAAAUGCAAGGGAUUCGGUCUCUGCGAUGGAGAGGGUUGCGAGCGAUUCUGGAGCGCAAUCCACCAUCUCGUCGCUGUGCUGCGAGUUAGUGGAUAUCAUCAGCGCCUAUAUGUUCUAGACUCCCAGAUUGCCCACCUAGACUCCACUCACAGACGUGCGCUGGGUCAUUGGUUAUCCAGGAAACAUAAUCUAUGCCUUGCCAGGUUAGCUGAGGCUAACGAGGAGCUUCGGAAGUGCAACGUAGACCUAGAAGUACUCGAUGGUCAGUGGGUUGCACAGCAGGCAGCGCAGACGAGGCCAAUCAAACGUCAAUCUAAGAACGCGGGCGAGAAAGCAAUCGAUGCCAUCCUGCGGAUGGACGAGCAAAUCCAGAUGUUGGACAAGUACAUCGCCAUGGAAGAACGAAAAGUUCUAACCGGGAAUGCGGACCCUACCACGACAUCCACCAUCAAGCGGCUUAAUGAUGACCGUUCCCGUGUGCAACUUAGACGCACGAAGUACUAUGACGAGCUGAGCCUCGAGAAUGUCGCCGCUCUCACAGAUGUUCGCAAGAACAAGUUCCUUGAGGUCCGAAUGAACGCGCUCGCGUUGAAGACCCGUGUACGUGAACGUCUCCGACAGCGAAAGUUCGAGUUAGCCCAAAUGAAAAGAUCGAUCCGUACGCAGUCGUCUGGCAAUACAGACCGCAAAUUGUCCACUCACACUAGUCAAGCAGUGCAGCGACGCGAACCAGCUAUCCAGUCGCAUGCCCGCCUGUACAAUGCCAAAUGUCGAGAAAUGGGCGAACUCGUUCGGAAAGGGCAAGCACCGCCGGGUGCAGUCGUCCCCGAUGAAAUCGACCUCACCAAACUAUGGACCCUGGACGUAGACGACAAUAUCUGGCAAGAUACCGGGCUCUUGGACGAUGAGACGGCGUCGACGGACGGAGUGCCACCUCUCUGGCUCGCGGACGAGCAGGUCAGGAAAGGAAUUCGGGCGAUGCUAGAGGUUCGGCGAUGCGAAGAGGAACUGUCGAGAAUCAGAAAGGAGAGGUCGAUUUUGCAAGAAUGGGCGCGGGCAGAGUGGGAAGCGAUUGAAUAUGCUAUUAAGUCUCACGGAAAGUGCUGGUUAUUCGAUGUUGUGCACCAACUGCGGAUGCGGCGUGGUGAACUGCUUCGCCUGAUUGUGACAUGGCGCCGAAGAGUCGGCGAUAUAGACAGUGGUGAACUUUGGGACGGGUCGUGGGGCCCAACGUCAAAGGAGAUA